GAAACCUAAUCUUGUUUCAAUUGCGAUUAAUUCGAAUGUUUAUGUGAUUUUCGUUCUAUUUUAUAAUUAAUUGUUAUUAAGAACUGUAUUUAUUAUACACAAAUAAAUUAUAAAAACAUUAUUAAAUUGAUACCGUUAACGAUUUUGAAGUCUUGAAUCUUUAUAUAAAAAAUUAUAUUUCUUGUCCUCAUCUGUUAAGGUGUGCCGCGCGCAAGUUUGGACAUACUAAAAAAUGUUUGCGCAACAUAUGCGAGAAACUCCCUUACUAAAAAGUUGGCGAACGGCAGAAAUGCUGAUGCUGUGCUCGAAUACAGCGCAAUAAGUGGACACACCCUUAACCUGGAUAUAAUUGUAUUUUUAACCUUCAAAAACUUGUACUCCUAAGUAUUAAAAUUCACCUGUUAAUUAGAAAGGUAUAUAUUUUUUUUUGAAGGGGUGACGAAGGGAGAGAAGAUUAGGAAUGAUGACAUAAGGAAAAAAAGAGUUAAAUGUAUAAGGCCUUGGACGAUUUUAUAGAAAAGAGGCAGCUCAGUUAGUGGGGACAUCACGGGGACAGCUACAAAGAAUGCAGGAUACUAGACGAGUGAAACGAGUAUGGUUGGUAAAAAAAGGGAAGACUUGUGUGACUUGUUGACUUGCUAGGGUCGGAACUUAAGGAUACUCUGCUACGAGAAAUGUUCCUCGCCUACAAUAGACAACUUUCCAGACUUUGAUUUUCGGAGAUAACCUAUGCGGACAAUGAAUUUGGGACACCUGUACAUUGCUAUAGCAAUAUUAUUUUCAUAGAUUAUAGCAAUAGUUAUAGCAAAGAAAGUGUGUAGUAAGUAGUAUUAAUGGAGACUAAUAGACAAUGAUGUUUUAUUGGAAUGCAGAAAAUCCACGUUGGUUUUGUGGAACUUUCUUGAAAAGGAAGUUCCAAGAUUGUUUAAACACCUAAGUAUCAAUGUAUAACAAAACAUGGUAGGAUGCAAUAUGAUGACUACACAAAAUAUUAUUUGUUAUUAUUCUUUGAUAUUAGAUCAAGAUUACAGUUAUGGCUAUAUAGAGGAUAGUGCAUUUAGCUCAGACAAAUAGCAGACGACAUUCUCCCACAAUUCUAACGCAAAAUAAAGAGGGUGAUACAUAACAUAAAGAUCAGAGUGUAAUAAGGGAAAGAAGAUGUUGUCUGGUUUUGUGGGUUGCUAUCUAAUACCGACCAAAUUGUUAACACAUUUCUUCAAUACUAAAAAUAAUUGGCUAUUAGUUAUGAACAAAACUUUAGUUGCCAUGACUGUUAAAAUGGCACGUUCUCAUUUAAAAAAAACUUCGUUUGUCUCCCUUGAUAUAGAAAUAACUGCUUAAUUCUUUUCGAAUUUAAAAUUAAAAAAAAGUGUGUCAAAUUAAAUCAAUAUCGUUGUUAUGGAAAUGGAACUAAAAUAAAACCAAACUCAAUACUGACAGUUCAAGACAUUUAAGCAUUGAGCCCACAUCUACCUCUAUGAAAUAAAUGAAAAGAUAACAAAAAAAAUGUAAAAACUUCAAAAUAAAAUAGAAACAAUGCAACGGAAAGCUUUGCAAGUUCAAGUUGAGCUUGAAAUACAAGCUGUAACUUGUCCUGGUGUAUAUCUUUGUCCAAAUGGGAAAGUUUCUUUACAACUUUACAUGUUGGAUUCUUGUAUACAAACUGGUUGCGCCUCGCCAGCUUUUCCAAUCUUAUUCAAUGAAAAAUUAAUUUUUUUCAAAAUGUUUUAUGAAACUCAACGCUUAAACGAUUUAUUAAAAUUAUUAAAUAAAGAAUGUUUAUACAUUGAACUUAUACAAUGGCAAAAUACCGAUGAAGGAAUCGUUUUAUCAACAUUUCAAACAAAUUUAAGCGAAUUAUUGUACCCUUCAACGUUUGAAAAUUCAAAAGCUGGAAUUGAUAUCGAUCUUUUAAUGGAACCUGAGCGAUCAUUUCCGGGUGUUAUCGCGCCAAAAAUCGAAGUUAGUACAAAAACGAUCAUCGAAGACGUAGUUUUAGACUCUUUAAAUCCUUCGGUGGUAAAUCCUAAAGUUAUUCAAUCAAAAUUUUAUCAAAAUCAUAAAAAUUCGGUUCAUUUAAAACGAGUUUGUCAUUCCACUGGAUAUCACAGGUAUAAAAAGUGUUUACCAAGAAAUCGAAAUCAAAAACCACCGUUUAUAGUACGUAAAGUCGAUGAUAAUCUUUUAGGGAGAAAACCAAGUGGUUUAUCACCCAAUUUUAAUAAUAAAUGNGUUUAUGCGAUGAAAAAACGGCCGGACCCGAAAGACCCACCUUUACAGACGGAAGCUAACGGUGCUAAAAAACCGUUUACAGACGAAGGGUUAAAAAGGAACUUCCACGAUUGCUGA